CAUGGGUCACAUAAGUCGUUUGUCUUGAUAGUAAUCUAUAUUUAUUUAUUGAAUUUUGACUUUAAUUUGUGAAUAUUUUUAUGAUAGUAUGUCGAAUCUUUCAAAACUUGAGUUUGUGGCUCUUGAUGUCACUGGAAAGAAUUACCUAUCAUGGGUGCUAGAUGCUGAAAUUCAUUUAGCUGCCAACGGUCUUGGAGACACGAUUAAAGAGGGCAAUGAAGCAUAAGAUCAAGACAAAGCUAAAGCAAUGAUCUUUCUUCGACAUCACCUCCACGAGGGAUUGAAGAAUGAGUAUCUUACGGUCAAAGAUCCACUUAUUUUGUGGACUAAUUUGAAGGAGUUGUAUGACCACCAGAAAACUGUGAUUCUUCCUAAGGCUCGUUAUGAUUGGAUGCAUUUGAGGUUACAAGAUUUUAAAUCUGUGAGUGAUUAUAAUUCGGAGUUAUUCAAAAUAAUCUCACAACUACUGUUAUGUGGAGAAAAUAUUACCGAUGAAGAUAUGUUGGAAAAAACAUUCUCCACUUUUCAUGCAUCUAAUGUGCUCCUACAGCAGCAAUACCGUCCUACUGGUCCCGCCCCAUUCCCAGAAGCGAAUGCGGCGACGUUCACCCAAUAUCCUUAUGGGCAAAUACAUGGACGUGGAUAUGGACGAGGACGUGGGCGUGGUCAUGCUCAUGCUCGAGGCCGUGGCCGUGGCCGAGAUCUUGGUCGUGGUAAUGGUCGUGGUGAAAGUUCCAAAAGCCCAUUUUUCCCCAGAAGUGGAAAAAAUGAUGGUAGAAGAAGCAAGGAACAAAGUGUUCAUGGUAACAAACACGUCAAAAAUGUGUGUUAUCGUUGUGGUGGAAAAGGUCAUUGGUCUCGUACCUGUAGUACGCCAAAGCACUUGGUUAACCUCUACCAAGAAUCAUUGAAAGGGAAGAAGAUAGAAACCAAUUGUAUUUUUGAGGAAGAUGAUUCAGGAAAAGACUAUAAUGAUGCUACUCAUCUAGAUGUGUCCGACUUCUUUGCCCACCCUGAAGGAAAAAUAGAUCACCUGAUUGGUGAUGGGAAUGUUCGCAAGUGAAAAACAUAGCAUUUCCAUUUGAAAUUUCUAUUUCGUUGUCGCUUUGUUCACAAGUGAAAAGUUUAGGUUUCCCAUUUGAAAUUUCACUUUCUUUGUCGUUUUCCUUGAGUGUGUUUUUCCUAUUAAUGUGUCAGUUUAAUAUAAUUUCUCUUUAUAA